CCAUCACAGACACUGAAACAUACUUUACUUCUACUUUUUUGAAAGGAAAAGGAAAAUAUAAUUUUGAUCCGAACACGUAUUUUCAGCUACAUAUUUUUCUUCUAGUUUAUCUUUGCUCGCCGCCGAAAUUCGAACUUUUGACAUUUCUAAAUAAAAACCAAUCAUAUUCCACGAUUAUUCCACGUGAUUCGUGUCUGACCAAUCGUUGCUUGAAUUUGUUAUUAGUUUUGAUUGGCUGAUUGAGGAUUAUCUUACCAACAAGAUGGCGUCCUUCCCGUUUGAAAGUGUUUUCAGUGUUCACAAUCGAUGUUUGUUGUUCUUUCGAGGCAUUUGAAAAUGUGAUUGCGUUGCUUUUUAAGUCAACUGAUCAAACAUAAAUAUGCCGAGGUCUGAAAGAAGGAUUUUGAAUGUCUAGCGAGCAUCUUGAGCUUGGUAGUUUUAAUUAAUCGACCUUGACCUUCGGCUUCGUCAUGACUUCCAGUUUUCGAGAUGAAGAUUACAUCAAAUUUCUGCAAGAUCAAGGUACAUUUAUACACUUUUUUACUUAUAAUAUCCAUAAGAAAUCGAUGUAUUUUUUGUAUAAGUAAGUGAGAAACCAGGAUUGAUGUAUGUUCAAAACAGUAGGAGUAUUUGUUUUAACACCUGUUGAUAGUAUAUAAUAACAGGCCAAGAUAAAAGGAAGUGUUUUAUAAACAGUUUACAUUAUAAACAUACCUACUCUGAAAUUCAUUACAAGCGUUAAUCACUUGGAGUUGAUACAAUUUUUAACUCGAAGUUGAAUCGCACUAAUCAGGGUGAACAGUUGAUAAAACGUGUGAGUUUGUCACCUAUAAAUUGACAUUGGACGGUGUUUAUUUCAUCAUCAAGCUUGUUUCUUUUUCACUAUAAAAAAUGUGGACAAUCUGGUUUCUUUUCUUUGCAGUUAGGAGACUAAAUACCGUACUCGAGGAAUAUCAAAAGAAGUACUUACCAGUCAAAGAACCGGAAGUUAAGGUAUGAUAACACUGCAAUAAAAAUAGUUAACUUAAACUGACUAAACUUUACUUACAGUUAAGGUAAUAAAAUCAUUGUAAAUUUCUGCCGUGAUUGACUGAUUUUCCAAGUAUUUUUGUUCUGAUUUUGCGAAGCAAAGAAUUUUUUUUGAGCUAUAACGGAUGUUGGUAAGAGCUGGCUUAGCAUGUUGUGGACUGCAAAAAAGUGAUGUGCACCUUAUUAUUAUGAAUAUUGUUGUAAAAAUUGUUUUCACAAGGACCCUAUACUACUUACUGUAUCUGAGAGCCUGACUAGCUGCUGGCCAAUUUUACGAGCUAAAAUAGGGCAUAACAUUACGCUGACUCAAAUUUCUCUGGAAAACAAAGAAAUGGGGUAUUUUUCCAGGUUGAAGGUGCAAUUGAGUUGAAAAGCCGCCUUGGGUAGUAAAUUAUCAGUUAUCAAUUUAUUGCGUGGAAAAAAUAAUGGCAUGUUGUUAGAAAGUCUGUGUUUUAGAACAAACAAGACUAGGGGAUUGAUCAAUUAUGGUAGCGUCCUAUGGAACAACCUUCCUUUGCCAUUAAGGCAAGCUAAAAACAUUGAUUCUUCUAAGCAUUUAGUUAAGACUCAUUUAUUUUCUAGUUAUUUUUAUCCUUAAAGACUAGUUAAUAGUUUUAAUAACUUAUUAAUUUUUGUGAGGUUUUAAACUGUAAUGUGCUUUUGAUUAUUUAUAUACAUGUAGUAAAGGCCCACUAUAAAAUAAAUGCUGUGGUUUUAAAAGGCCCCACUCCCCCCCCCCCCCCCCCCCCCGGAGAUUGCGGAGCUCCCCACUUUCCCCUAACCAAAAAACAAAGCGCGCUGACUCUACCCCCCCUCCCCUCAAGUGCCAGCUGGGAGGGGCACAAAGCCGAGUGGCAGACUUACCAUAUACAAAGAAAAAACUAGGUAUAACCAGCAUCUAAGUUACCACAGGCAAGUGAAAAAACUGGGGAGCAAAAAUUUAUAUUGAGAAAUUUUACAUUUUUUGGUGUUUUUAAAAUUUUAUUUGUUUUUUGAUUUUUUUAUAUAUUGAGGAAAAGGCCCAUUUAAAAAAAAAGCCUGGGUUUUAAAAAGGCCCCCCCCCCCCCCCCCCCCCCUCCUCAAUGGAUGGCUGAGAUCCAUCUGCUUCCAUAAGUACAAACAACAGGUUGUAGUUACUAGCCUACCCAUUUCUGGGUACAGGUAUGGAGUGAGUCAUGAGAAGAUGCUUGAAAUUUUCAAAUUCAAGUACAUCUAGUGAUUAAGCUAUGUAUAGGUUGUAAGAGAUGAAAGUAUUGAAUGAUGGCAAAAACUGUUCAUAUUGAAAGAUGACAGAGAGAUGAGAGAGGCACAAAAAGCCGCUCCCAAAGCCAGAAUGAUGAAAGAAUUUCACUGUGGUUUUUUAGGUAUUUUUUUAACAAUAAAUUGGAAAAUAAUAUUAGAAUUUCCAAUGUUCCACUUUAGCUCUGGAAGCUAGAAAAACAUGUCACUUGUAAAUACGAUUCUUGAUUUUUUGUAGUAGUUGUUUAAAGUCAAUGCCCUUGUAAACAUUGGAUAAUGCAAUUAUUAAUUUGGUCAUUCUGGCUUUAGGAGCAUUAUCUAAUUAAUUUCUUUUUUUUCAUGAGCUUGACUGUUGUUUUUGGUAUCUUGUGAAUUUGUGUGUUGACGCUAAAUGUGCUGAACUCCACAAAACAAUGCUGUAUGCUAUAAUUUUACUUUCAACUCAGUGGUUUUAUUGAUUAAACUUCCACAGGCUGAUGACCCUCUUCCACCAUGGAUCACAAACUCCGGGUAAUCUUGUAUAUAACAACCCUGUAUAUAGCGGUCACCCUGUAUAUUACAGUCACCGGACAACUUCCCAAAAUUUUCAGUGGCCUUAAAUUUUCUGCAAAGUUGACCUGACGUUUAUAAGUUGUCACCCUGUAUAAUAACAGUCACCUUGCCAUUUCCAAAGGGUGACUGUUGUAGACCGGUUUGACUGUACAUUGUACAUGUUAUUACACAAUGUAAGCAGACCAGUAUUAUGUUGGAUUGGUGCACUCUGGCCUCAGUAAAAACGGGAUAAAGUUUUAUUAUAUACAUCAAAUACCCUGUUUACAGGCAGCCAUUAUGACACCUGAACAGUGCUCGACUUUCAGAAAAAAAUCUUGGGGCCAGCUGGCCCCCAAGUUUUCAUUUUUUGUCACCAGAACAAGUAUUCUGUUGCCAAAAAUUAUAUUUAAGAUUUAAUGGAAUUAGUUUUGUGAAGGAUAACAGAUUAUCAUUAGUGUACGUUUUCCCAAAGAAGAGAGUCGCCUAUAUUGGGGGCCAGGUUGGCGACCAGGCAAGAAAAUUUGGUCACCACUGAGUAAAAGCUGGUUGCAUUGGUGACCCCACAGGUCGCAACGUCGAGCCCUGCUGAAGGAGGAUCAUGAGGUUACACCUAUAUUAAGAUCUCUCCUCACAGAUACACUAUGUAACCCAUCAGGCCAGGAAAGGUUGCAGCCAUACCACCGGAAUGUACGUCCCCUACUCUUUUUGAACAUUGGUAUGGGUUCUUUUACAUCCCAGAAGAACCAGAUAAGUCAAAGUGCUGCAAGACAGACCUACACUUUUUCGUCUUUAUCUGAGAAGACUAUAAGGUCUAUAAAGAGUUUGCAGAUGUCGUUACAAAGGCAGCACUUUUUUCCCAGUUAUUUAAAGAUCCUGAGUGUUGGUCUAGCCAGGGUUGGAACCCAUGACCCCCUUCUCAGCAGGCCGGCGCUCUUCCAACCGAGUCAACAAGAUGGCAACACAUCUGCAGCUCAGGCUAUAGUAAAGCUAUGUGCAAACAGAUGCAACAACUCCCAACAUUGUUGGUCCAGCAAUUUUGGAAGUUGUUGUGUCCUUUUGCACAAAGCUUAAAAUUUGACUGGUUGCAAACUUUGCACAACAACUCCCAACAACAUACAACAGCAUGCAACAGGCCGUGCAAACAGAGUUGUUGGCCAACAAUGUUGCGUCUCUUUGCAUGGGGCAAUGGUUAUCACGAACAAGUUAAUUUUGACCUCCUCUGCAAUGCUGCCAAAUCUUGGUUAACCAGAUUUGCUAUAAGAGUACUAAUCAGCAGAGUAAUAAUAAAUAUUUUAUCACUCAUACUGGUCUGCCGCUGAUGAACCUCUCCUUACUCAUAUGGCUAGAGUAAUAACAUUAAUAAUAUUAAAAUAAUAGUGACUGACAGUAAUAGUUUGAUUUUGCCACUUUAACAUUACUACUUUCACCACUUACUUAAUAAUUCAGUCUGACAGUAUCAAGACUGUUUUUUCCCUCUUUCUUCUUUCCCCAGCAUUUUGUCUCCUCUUCUGGCAGAGUAUGACAGCAGCAUUAAAUCCUCUCAAGAACAAGUUUUUUUCUUGAAGGUAUGAAAUUUUCAUGGUCAUUAUGAGGACAGGUACUGCCGUAAUACUCUACAUUACUUUUCAUGCAUGCAGUGUAAAUGAGGCAAGUGACUAGCGAAGCUAUAAAAAAGGGUAAGAUGCCACAGACAAUGUUCUCCUGUAGAAGCCGUAUCUUUGUAUCAUCUUAUGUGGGGUGCUCUUGUUGUACUGUAGCUGUGAUUUUCCCCCUUCUCAUCUCACCCUGGUUUCAAUUCCCUCUACUGGUUUUCCAGUGUGACUGUACCUGGUCAUUGCUUCUCUCAGAAUAGUCAUCAGUGCAUCACUAAUUAAAAGAUUUCAAGUUCGCAAGUACAUACAACAAGUAGGAAGGGAAUCAAACAGCUAGGGAUUUCUUUUGGUUCUAUUUUCUUUCUAUCUUUAAAAAGUAGCCUGGGAUCAUACUCCGCCACUCAUCAAGUAGCAGAGGGAAAUCUCCGCCCUUCCCCUUGGGCCUUGACAGCCCUGAGUCAUGACUAGUCCCUCUUCACGCAGUGUCUACUUCAUGUUCCUGGCUUCACCAGUGGCGGAUCCAGGAGAAGGGCCCGAGGGGCCCAGCCCACCCUUAUUUUUAGAUCAAACUGGGGCAUGAAGGGCUGAAAAAAUUUUGUUUGACACCAGUUCCCCCCCUCUUAUCACAGGGUCUGAAUGACUGUGCCCCUCCCCCUUUAUCUGAAGGUCUGGAUCUGCCACUGCAUUAGUUUCCAGGGCUAUAGUCUACAUACUGUUGCUGUAUUGUCUUUUGUAUCAAUAAAAUAUGUGGCAGGUGUUUUUAAUUCAAGAUACCUUGGAAAGAUCUGACUCUGCAGACUUCAUUUCUAGGUGAACUGCAUUUUAAAAGGGUUUGUAUUUAACUGAUUGGUGAACUUUUGGAUUUUAGGAAGAACUGUCUUCUUUGAAGCAAAAGACAGACCAUGUUGUGCAAGAAAACACAAGGUAAAGUUGUCUACUUUCUGUGGCUUCAAAUGACAGCGAGAGGAAGAGGGGGAGGGGAGGGAGGCUGAUAGCAUUCUACAAAGCCUGCACUUGUCCGGAAAUUCCCUCUAAAGAAAAAGAGAAGAGGAGAAACUUCCAGACCCCUGCCCCCAAGAUUAAUUUGAAAUCACAGUAAAAGUCACAUGGAAAGUUGCCUUAGUCUAGAAAUAAUCAUUGCCGUCUCAUAUCACUUGCUACAGUGUACAUUUAAGUAUAAACCCCGGAGCCUUUUUUAAGGAAAGGAUUUUCACAUAAAGUUGGUGUAAAACUGUCUUAAAAGUGACACCAGUCCAAUAUUGAUUUGUUGUGUCAGGAGGCCUGCUUUUUUGGGAGCCGUCAGCCCCUAUCCUAUACACUGCCUAUCAUCCUUAGUUAAUUUCUAUUCCCCUUAUUGUAGGCUUCAUGAGGAACUUAGAAGAAGCAUAGAAGCACAAAUGGACAUAGUUAGGCAAGGAGAAGGCAGUGGCGUAGAAAAGGAAGUAGUGGAAAACAUGCGUCACCAGCUUCAUCUGCUGUCACAGGUACAUGUAGUAUCAUUGAAGCUAGUCAUGAUUACAAAAAGGUAGUCUUGAAAGAGAAAGAAGUUUGAAAAUGAUUCUAAAACCUGUGCUGUGGACUACACUACUCAGAGAUUGCAAUGUACUUUUGGUGACAACAUGAAAGUGCACAUACAUGUAUAGGGUAUGUGUUAUCAUAAAUUUGAGAUUGCUUGCAAUGAAUUAAGAUGGAAUCCACCAGGAAAUUGAGUAAUUUUGAUUUUCAGUGGACAAAAAUCUUGUACCAGAAUAAUUUAAAGCAAUUUGCAUUCUUUCUUACAUUUUUUAAGGACUAAAGAUGUAAUAAAUCAUCUGUAGUAACACCUAAAGGAUAUUACUUACAUGUAUGGGAGCCCAUGGCUAGAAAAUGAAUGUCAAAUUUCACAAAAUUACAUUACACAUGAAAUUUUUAGAUUUUUACUUGUAUAAUCACAAUUCUUGUGAAACUGGACAUUUAUUUUCUCAGACUUCCAUGAGAAAUUUUCUUUGGUGUUACUACAGAUGAUUUAUUACAUCUUUAGCCCUUGAAUAAUGAAAAAAAGAAUGCAAUAUUCUUUAAAUUAUUCUGGUACAAGGUUUUUGUCCACUGAAAAUUGAAAUUACUCACUUUCCUGGUGGAUUCCGUCUUAAUUCUCUCCCAAUUGUAAAUGCAUGUAUUCGAACCACUUCUACAUGUAGAAAGAGAUCUGUGGCUCAAUUCUAGUAAGCGACCACCUCCCAUAAGCAACUUUCACUAAAUAUUUACAUUUGGGGUGGUCGCUUACGGGAGGUUGGACUGCAAGGGGUGGCGUAAAGUACUGUGCAUGUAUGACUGACAGUAAACCAAGUUUCUGUCUUGAGGACCCCCAAGGAACAAGAUUUGCCCGUUUCAUCAAUAAUGAAUGAUUAUUACUAUUAAUGUACUCUGUUCUGUUUUUAGGAAAGAGACAGUUAUGUGGAACUAUGGCAAAAUGCCUGCAGUGAACUUGAAAAGCUUCAAGAAAGUGAACGGGUAUGAGAUACUGCAGCUUCCCUUGGAGCCAUGAAGAACAAUGAUCACCUCCUUAUGUCUCCUCAGGAUAUAAGUUCUUUUAAGAUGCAUAGAUCUCUUGGGAAAAAAGGAAAUGAUCUCCACUUUUAAUAAUGGUGUAUAAUACAUGUGCAUGCAAUAUUUACACAAUCAUGUAAGAUUUGUUAACAAAAUUUUCAAACUUUUUUUUUUAACUGCUUAAAAACGAACCUAUGGGUCAAGGGCAUGGAGAGUUUGCUUAAACCCAACACCCCUGUGGAAUAACUAUCCUUAUACCCCUUGUGACGUAAUCUCUUUACGUGGAAAAUAAAUUUAUUGCACCCCUGUGCAGGACGAAGAAAUCAUCUGAAGCGGCGUAACAAGCGAGAGUGAACCCUUUUAAUGGCUUGGGCCAUUAAAUUCUAGGGAAAGUCUUUUCUGCCCAUUGCCACUUUCCAAGUAUAGUCACUUUUCUCUAGCUAUAAACUUCAUCAAGGUAUGUAUAUGUAGGUGCAAUAAAAAGAAUCUAUCCGGUGGCAUUCAGAUUGACGCUAAGGGUGGAUUUGCACUGUCGUGUAAUUUUUACGUGUGUGCGCACAUGAAUGUAUGGAAGGUCGAGCGUAAACGUUAAAGUUGAGUGAGCACAAGUCACAAGUCACGCAACAGUGGAAAUCUGUGUUAAGGAAAUCACAAUAGUAUAAGAUCUUUCUCUACGCAGUAACUGUAACUGUUUAUAUGCCUGGCUGUGGGAUUGUGCACAAAACAAGAUUUCUUAAUAUGAAUUCUAUUUUUUUUCGUUUGUAGGAGAAAGAUGCAGAACUUAGGACCAGAUCAAGGACCAUGACAGGCCUACAGGUAUCUCGCAGUUGAUCUACAUUCAUUGUUAACAUGCCACCUUGUGGGGUAUUUUUCCUCAAUAAAUCGAUGACAAGUUUCAAAGUUAAUAUUCAUAUUGAAAGACUAAAAAGAUGAAUAAACUAAUUAGCACAAUGUGAGAGUUGUUGGGGAGGCAGCGGGGCCGAGUGGUCAGCGCGUCGGACUCGCAGUCCUUCAGUCUCAGGUGCGAGUCCUGCUCUGGCGACUUGCUGGAUUUGUUCUCGGUCAUCCCAAGUUCAAAUCCUCCGCCAUGCUUGUAAACUGCCAACUGGUUGCCUUCUGCCAGUUGCCUCAUGUUAUGCUGCAUUCGAGUUAUUUGUAAGAAUUUGAGUGGGGUGCCUGUAAACUAGUUAGAUAAGCUAAGUGCACUCUUCACUAUAAACAAGCCUUUGUGUUUCAUUUAGUACUGGGGAACUGACAAAACAACAGGUCCCACGGGGAAGCUUUUCCUUUAACGGACACACUGUGUUAAGGAAUGUGAGCGUGUUUACGAUUAAUGUAGUACAUUACUUAGUAGUACAGUGCUGCGAAGUAGCUUUUCAGUGAAUCCCUUGUAAGGAUUUCAUCCACAGACACCCAGCAACGGUCAGAACUUUGUAGAAACAAGAGAGAACCUGGGACGAGUAAACUUUCGCAAAGAUUUUUGGGACUGUUACUAGGGACAGGGAAAAAAAUGUCCAAUAGCUGAUCGCCGCCUCCCCAGUGCUGAUCCCAGAAACAAUUGUGGGUCUGCGCCAGUUCCCUUCUCGUUUCUGAAGUGGAGCUGUCACAGUGAUAUGGGCAUCCCCAUUCCCAAAACACCCAAAACGCAGGGAUGACCAUAUCACUGUAACAGUGCCUGAAUUCAUACCAAGGAUUUAGUACUCGGGCUCCAAAGUUAUAACCACUUUCAGUGGACAGCAUCAACAGUGACAGAGAAAAGAAGCCCUCAGUAACUGCCUUCUGAAUGCUCACAAUACUUUCAGGAAAGUUAAAACCACCUAGUACCGCAUAAUAAACAGUGCGAUGGGAGAAAACUCGAAUGGUCAUACUGAAACGUUAGAGCUAUAGAUGUGGUUCGUGCAGCAUAUGCAACAACAAAGAAAAAUGUAUCUUUUUUAUUCAGAUGUGAUCCCAUAAUUUAGGGCAAUUCAGCUAGUCUAUUCUAUUCUGUGUGUGUGUUCAUAUGGAUGUUUUUUUUUUUGCAGUUAGAAAACCCUAGCCCUGAUAUAGAACUUGUUUCGUUAACGACUUUGCUUUCUUUUGACAGAAUGAUCUUCAAAAAGCGAGGCAAUUUGCUGGAGAACUGCAAACAGUCAAUAGGAAGUUGCGAAUGGUAAGAAGAGGCGUAGCCCUAAUAUCGUGAAAUAGAUAAAUCAACUCCUAAUUGCAUUGUCUCCCUCCCUCUGGCUCAUAGGUGAAGUCUUCGUUAAAAAAAAUUCCUUCUGAAGAGGCUGCUGCGUUAUCUUCUCCGAAAUCUUAGUCGUGUGUUGAGUUGUGCUGUAGUACACAACAACUUCGGGAUCAGUUUAGGUUUCUCGGAAACUGCCCACCUACCCGUCCCCUAAGCCAUCGUUUUGCCCCAAGUGAGAAGUAAGUGUUAAUGUUGGCUUUGGGGAUGGGUAGGUGGGUAGUUUCCUAGAAACCUCGUUUCACUCUUCGUUUACGUUUUCAUCCAAAAAGAUGGAACUUAUCGACUUUUUUGUUAAAACACACCAUUUUUAGUGGGUCAAAAAGACUUGGUUUUAUCAGAUGUGUUGCGAGAGGGAAAUGGCCCUGAUGUUAAAGAGAUCUUUCUGAAGGUCGAGUUUCGAGUCUUAGCCAUACCCUUCGUGGAAGGAUUAGCUCUACGGCUUUUAAAUCCCUCUACGGUUGCUAAUUUGCCAUACGACUGAUUAAACCAAUUAUCGGUUUUCUCUUUUCAGCCUAAGGAGCCCCAAACUUUUUUCAAAAUAGCCUCUUUGUUAGGGCAAUUAUUCGCAAAAUUUCUUCUUAACUGAGUUGUGCUCUUAGUGCUACAUAAGUUUGUAUAACGAAAUAUCUUGUUGAUAAAUUUAUUAUAACUUUAUCGUUCAUGGUUUAGUGGCGUUGAUUAUUACAUUUUCAACGUAUAGUAUUUUCUCCUUGUGAAAUCUUAGAUUGGGGGAUAUAUAUUUUCUGUUUCCCCCCAUAUUUAAGAAAACACCAACCUCGAUCAUAUUUUUAAAUUGAAACUUUAAUAUUAAUGAAUGCGUGCAGACAUAACAGUUUCACAACAAUGAAGUAUUUUAUUCGUAUUGAAUAGAAUGUAGCGCCACAAACUAAGAUUAUCUUCUGUUUUAAAGGAGCACGAAAAAUUUCUCACAACCGCUCAUACACAAGAUCAAGAAAUUGAUGAUGUACGUAAUGAUUUAAGGUGCGUAAAGUUUAGUUAUAAUUUCCUGUCGUUGUAAACUAAUAAUACAUGUAUCUACGUAGUUCUAAACUGGCUGUAGUAAGUGAGUAGUGUGAGACUUGAUAAAGCAGGAACUGCGAGUUCAUUCAAAAUUUUCAAAUCCUGGUAAAGCGUAAUGUGGAUAAAUGAAGAACUGAUCUGAUUUUUUUAAAUUCGAUUUUGAAAGCUACAAUUUGUUCUGAUAACUGAUGUCCUUGACGGGGUAAGACAUCGAUAUUUGCGUUAAAAAAGCGAAAUUUUACUUCUGUUAGGAAAUGCAAGACAGAGUUGAAAAGCACCAAAGCUCAGAACGAAGAACUUCGUAGAACGUUGGAGUUAAUGGAAGGAAGAAUUAGAGCAAGGGUGAGUGAUCUUUCUUUGUCCUUCUCGAUCUUGUAAAUUGUUUGCCAUAUAUUUGUUAUGUAGAAUGUUGAAUAACUACAAGAAUUUUGGUCUACUUUAGAUUCUCCUUCUCAAGCCGCAGUCACGUUAACCGUAUUGACUGUACUCUUUCACAAUCGACCCGAUUCUGUCCUUCGCCAGAACACGGCACGAAUCAGAGGAGCGACAUGACUUGUUGUCAAAAACCACGUGACGUUAGGCCAUACGACAUUCAGGGACUUGGUCCAAGGUGAACAAACCUGGCGGACCACAAUUUCGCUAGAGAUGGGACAAAAUCACAUCACCCUUGAAGACCCCCUUCCCCAACCAAAGCAAAGAAAGAAGAGAAAAAUAGAGAUAUAAGGCACAAAUAGGCGCAACAUUUCUUUAUCACGCUUACUAUAACUCUUAAAGUAAGACCAGCGAUCUAAGCGGUUUUUCAAAUAGACAGUUUAAGCAUUACGUAUACGGCAAACGGCAAACUUCAGAUUCAAGUUGGGAAUUUCUCAAAAUAGAAAAUGAGCAGAUAAAAACAGCUCAAAACAAUUCUAUGGAUGAAAAAUUGCGUGAAACUACCAAUCUAUGUGUUGAAAUAAUGAACAUUAAACGUCAAGUAAAGAGGAAACUUGGUCACGUGGUACAAAUUCGCAUUGUGCCGUUUGACGUAAACGUGUUGCUUAACCUCUCUAAUGCCGAUGUGAAAACGGUUAGGUCGCAAAAAAUGUACGGGGCAAGGCUGUAAUACUACAUUAACAGUUAUUGGUUACUUCAGUCAUCCUCGGUCCGGUAGACGUGCCAAUGGUAUUCUGUUCUGUUUCAUUGUUAAUUUUACCACUUACGUUGAAAGCUUGAUACAUGAGUGUUUUGUUUGUAAUUCUACAUUAAACAGACAACUCAGCAUCGACCUUUUGUGAGAUAGAAAUACCAAGUCCAGGGUUAGGCAGAUUGUUUUAACAAAGAUCUUCGUCUUUUCACACAGGACAGAGAAAGAGGAGAGGAAGCAAACAGAGAGCAACCAGUUGACACUCGCCUGGAGGAGUUACAAACAGCUAUAAUUGAAAUGGAGUCCAGGUUCGUACACUCUUGAUGUUACGGUUUAUUGUUAAGUUUUUCUCGAAUAAUUACGACAAAAGAGAUUCAACAGAGAUAUUUCAACGUUAUUAGCGGAGCUCUGUCGCGCAGCCGAGUACUAUGGGUAAGAAAAUUUGGUUGUCUAUUCAUUCAAGAAAUUUGGGUUCUGACAAAAUCGUUCGUACGUACGUACGUCCACCUUUUCACGUUAACGGAUGUGAAAUGGCACACUCGCUAGCUAGGAAUCCAAGGCAUAUACCAUCUGUGUUUAACUUGGUGUUGGACAUCCAUGUUAUGAUCAAUUGACAGCUCUAAAAAAAAAAAUACAAGUAUCCGCUGACCGGUAUCACAUGACUGUAUCGCUGACCCAGGUAGACAACUCAUUGAGGUGACUUAUUUUUUAAAGUUAUGCACUGACCAGUUCCUAGUUUCAAGUCCAUUUUUAAAAGUUGGAAUUCAGUUUGCUUCCUGCUUAUGGCAAAACUUAGAUAAUUAAUUGAGAAAGAAAUUGCAUAAAAGGUCCCCUCGAGAGCUUCGCUUUUGACCUUGGCUAAAUCUAUUUACUAUGUGAGGAAUUUUUUUUUUAAAACUGAGUAAGGGUGGAUUUCCAAUGUCGUAAUGUUUACGUGCGAACGUAAGUAAAAUUUACGGGCGUAAAUAGCACAGAGGCAAUAGAGAGCUUUAGAUUUUAGGACGAGGACGACUACGAGUACGAGAUUUAACUUACGUUUUUUCGCGUAUUCUCGAAAAAUAUUCAACCCAGAAAGCUUCAUCCCACUGUUUUUCACCUGAAAAAUUAGGGCGGUUACAUUUUUUUUGAAGAAGGUUUAGCCCUUUCCCGGUCGCAAAAUGAUAAAUUUCUAAAAUUUGAUAACUUGUUUCCGCCACUACGACAUUCUCGCUAAAACUUGUAUUAGAAUGACGGCGGCAAUGAGAACGGCAAAAACAGCAAUAGGAUUAGACAAGCAAAACAACAACUUUGCACGUACAUCACGCUUUCUUGUACAUUUAUCUGCCGUCGUUGCACGACUACAACGUGAAACUGCCUAAUUUCGCGUUUUGUCAAGGACGGUAACAAAAGACAACAACUUUCUUUUUCUUUUCCUGAACUUUGAUGCAGUCCUUUAGAAUUCAACUCCGAAAAAAUUUGCCAACAUUUGACGAAUUAAAGGAGAUGGAAUAAGCGCGAUAAAGUCUGAGGCAGCGCAAAUUUACUUUUUAAGUGACGUUUUCGUAGCUGUCGCCGUCGUUAUUGCGUAUACUCCCUUGACGUUGGGUCACGCCUGAGCACUACUCAAGGUAUUGGGAAAGUCUCGUACUCGUAGUCGUCCUCUUCUUAGAAUCUAAAGCUCUCUAAUGUUUGAAGGGCCGCGCGUAAACGUAAAAGUUGAGCGAGGUUCAACUUUUACUUUUAAUACGCGUGACCUACGCGUGAAAAUUACCUGACGGUGGAAAUCUAUCUUAUAGAGGAUUUCAAAUUUUUACCAAACGUGCGCGUGCAAUAAAAAUUACUUUUCUUUUACGUGUUCUAUACGUCAUAAUGACCAACUCAUUGAUAACAGUACAAGAAUAAAAUUCAGUUGGUUACCAAAAAGGCUAAAAGUUUCCAACGAAAGCUGUUUUAUUCUGGAUGGCAAUUGCCGCGAACACGUAAGCAUGUUGAACUCUGAAAACCAACAGGAAAAAUUUUUUAAGCACUAGUUUUCGUCGUCACUGUGUUGUAGCCUGUGCCACAGACGAAACUAAGCUUUGCGAAACAGCGCCGAUUAAUCCUUGUUCUGGUCCCCACCUGUGUACCAAGAUUUGAGUACUCGCCAUGAUUGGCCUGUUAAAAAAGCCACUGUCAAAUUGCCAGUUGACGACGGGAAAGCGCGCGGAAAGGACUAAACGUUCCCGUCGUGGCUAAAUCAGCCUAAUAGUGAACAGGACGGGAGAGCAAAGAAGACGGCAAACCUUGUGUGACAAGCGUGACAAAAAUUUUGUUUAAAAAAAUUUUUCUUUAAACUUCAUCUUCCUUUAAACAGAUAUUUUUGUGAAAGACCAAAAAUCAUUAAUAUUUAGUGAAGAUUGCGACAAAACAUGCAAGUAAUAGCCCUGUCACGUUUGUCACACACAAGCGUUUUCCCCUCCCCGACUUUCUGCCGUCCUGUUGCGUACAUGUAAACUCACUAAUAAUGUACUUGUCGAGUUUUUGGUUGUUCGCUCAUCUGUAUAAAUGGAUGAAUGUCUCGUUAUGUAGUAAUUGUUUUUUGUAGUUCAGUGGCUAACAUGAUAAAUCGCUCAGUACGGGAAAAAAAAACAAAGAAAGUGACUAGCUUUAUAGGUUGAGUUUGACAGUAUGACAGAUAUAAAAUUCAUAUUAAAUUCGUUUUCGUAUUAACUUCCUUGAGUGGUUUAAAUGGAGCGAGGGUUCGCUAAAAAUAACUAAAGCCUAUAUGGAUAUUUUUAGUAGCCUGUUCCUCUGUUGACUGUUAGUCUUUAAUAACUUCAUGCUCUUGUUUGCAGACUUUCCGCGACGCUGAAAGAGGUCUCUAGGUUACGCUCUGAAAGAACAGAGCUGGAGGACCAAGUGGAGGUUUUGCAAAAGAAAAGGUAAAAAUCCGAUUAUUGUUGUUGUUGUUGUUGUUGUUUUGAAAGGUCUUACUUAGACCAUGGUUCAAGGUAACCAGUAGGCUAGUCGAUCUCUUCGUGCAGAUACAGCAAUUGUUCACUUAUUUCGUUCGAGAAAAGUUUUAUUCCAUAAGAAUUCUCGCCGAAUCGACCGUAACUCGUGUUAUGCAUUUCGCCUCUCGAUUGGCGUAAUAUUAAUGUUCGUUCAUGACCAAAACAUAAAUUUAAGACGGCAAUUCAUCGACUACUUUUUGAUAUUCUAUUGUCUGAGGAUGAUUAUUGGCCUACUUAUUUCAAACAGCUUUGAGGUGCCUGCGUCAUCUCAUUUCGUUUAAUAUAAAAUUAUAAAUUUUUUUCUUACUUUUUUUUCCUUCCAGCCAUCUGUUAACUAAAAUGUAUAUGAGUAAAUAUAAAUAAUUGCUGCGAGAGUUAGCGAGCAGCAGACCUAUUUGACUCAGGUAGGUUUUGAAAUCUCGCCAGAUGUUAGUAGGACAUUUUGCCUCGCUUUCGUGUGGUUCAAAAGCACUGCUGAUCAUUACAACGGUGUCUCCAACACAUUCUUUCUGUUCACGAGCCUUGGCAACCUUUGCGAGUUCUUUGGCCUGCUUUCUCCCUUCUGGUCUUUGAUUUUGUGGCCAGCCUGUGCAUGUUCCCAAGCGCGAGAAAUAGAAACAAAAGGUUGUCGGCGCAAAAUGUUGACGUCACAAUAGCACCUUGACGCCUCAAUGCCAUCACCCUUCGCGUUUUUUGUAUCGUUCCUUGUGUCAGUGAAAACGUUGUUUAUGCCAUCAAAUGCCGAUUGAUAUUCAAGUGCAGAAGGAUAUUUAGACACCGGUCACUAGACCCAGGUGGACUGAAUGAGAACUUUUAGUUUAUUUGAACCUCUCUAAGUCAGCGCGCGCACGUAACAUUAGGUUAGUUUCUAAUUUUAUCUGAACGUUACAUUUCAUCCUAUUGACUACUUCAGUUCGACACGAGCACAAACCCAAUAUUUUUGAUAGAGAAAAGAGACACACUAUCACUACACCAUCUGCUCGGAACUCCUCACCUUCCAUUUGGAAGCGCUAUUAUAAUUUUUAUUGACAUUUUAUCUUUCCCUGACCUGCCUCGACUAGUGUUCCUGCUUCUUUGCGGGUCAGCACCAUCUUAUGUAUUUCUGUGAAGUAAAUAAAGGUUGUUGUUUUUAGCCUAGGUCCGUAACUGUAACCUAGCAACAUGCAGUUCAUCCCCAGCAAGAAACCGGCGCCGAANUCUUUGAUUUUGUGGCCAGCCUGUGCAUGUUCCCAAGCGCGAGAAAUAGAAACAAAAGGUUGUCGGCGCAAAAUGUUGACGUCACAAUAGCACCUUGACGCCUCAAUGCCAUCACCCUUCGCGUUUUUUGUAUCGUUCCUUGUGUCAGUGAAAACGUUGUUUAUGCCAUCAAAUGCCGAUUGAUAUUCAAGUGCAGAAGGAUAUUUAGACACCGGUCACUAGACCCAGGUGGACUGAAUGAGAACUUUUAGUUUAUUUGAACCUCUCUAAGUCAGCGCGCGCACGUAACAUUAGGUUAGUUUCUAAUUUUAUCUGAACGUUACAUUUCAUCCUAUUGACUACUUCAGUUCGACACGAGCACAAACCCAAUAUUUUUGAUAGAGAAAAGAGACACACUAUCACUACACCAUCUGCUCGGAACUCCUCACCUUCCAUUUGGAAGCGCUAUUAUAAUUUUUAUUGACAUUUUAUCUUUCCCUGACCUGCCUCGACUAGUGUUCCUGCUUCUUUGCGGGUCAGCACCAUCUUAUGUAUUUCUGUGAAGUAAAUAAAGGUUGUUGUUUUUAGCCUAGGUCCGUAACUGUAACCUAGCAACAUGCAGUUCAUCCCCAGCAAGAAACCGGCGCCGAACGGUUUCCGUAAUCAUUGACUAGUACCAAUAUACAUUUAUAUAUAUCUCGUAAAUUUUCUUUUAACUGCAGAAAGUACUAACUGAUACCAUGUUUUAUCUUGAAUAUUAUGCACCAUGGAAAAAGCUUUACUCAAUUACUGCAUUGUGUGGGCUUCCAGAUAAUAAGUCCAACGUUAUAACCGCUCAGCCACUCUGCCUUCUCUUAAUUAUUAUGCAGUAUAAAUAAAGCUUUAGGACCCGUUUAUAUAGAGAAAAGUUAUGCUGGGGAAGAGGGACAUUCUCCCAGCCGAGUCAACUUUAGUGAAUGUUUAUAUGACAAAAAAAAUGACCCCUUUGCUCGAGCCAACAGCUGACAGCAGUGCUCGCGCAUGCUCUGAUUGUCUUGCCUUGACCAAGUUGACCCGGCUGGGUGAAUCAAAGUGUUUAUAUGGAGAAAAGUUGGCCCUGCAAGGAGGGUGACCCUACCACCGAAAAAGGGUGAAUGAAGAUUUUUGUUUCUCAUGUAAACAGGUUGCUAAGUUUUGUAGGAAACGUAGGAAGAGUUGGCUCGCCCAGGGUAGUGACCUUUCUUCUCUAAACAAGUUUUCUCCAUAUAAACGAGGCCUUACCGUACUAUAACCAGUGGUCCCAAAAGCAGUUUUUCCUGUUGUUUGAAAAGACAUUGAAUGUGUUUUGUGAGUCGCACGUAGACGAGUUUUUAACUUUUGAUGGUUAGAAAACUCGUGUACGUGACCCUCACAUACGCAAUAUGACCUGCGGAAAAAUAUUCACUAGAGGAGCAGUAUUGUUUCAACGCAUUUUAUUACAGUAGAGAUCACCACUGUGUUAUUACAUGGAAUGUCAUUUCAAGGCAAUUAUUACGCUUUAAUUUACUCCUUGGUUAAAAUCAUCGUUGCUGGCGAGCAGUAGCGAGCAGGGUACUAUUCACUUUUACGCCUGUGAAGUUCAGAAAGUUUGUCGGACGUAAGAUUGUAGGCAUGCGAUGUUGGACGGUUUAUGAUUAUCCGGGACAUUCUCCUGCUAUGUUUGAUACCACCUAAAUUUGCAAAUGGAAGUCCUUUGGCGUCGUUCGGGCUUAGUUGAAUUGCUCGCGUAGGCAGCAGCGAUCAAUUGUGCAGGUUCCUUUUCGGCGAAAUUUCCAGGUCCACAUUUUACUAUGGUGUGCAAUACAUUAUCAUGUAUUCCUAAGUUCCUUUAUAACUGUACAUAGUUGAAAUUCGCCACUAUAGAAACUAGAAGGGAACUGGAGCCGAAAUGUGUCUCGCCGUGUCUUGCAAUUGUAUCUGGGAUCUUUACUGGGGACGUGUCGGUCAGCUAUUGGCCAGUUUUUCCCCUGUCCCUUGUUACAGUCCAAAAGUCUUUGAAAAAGUUAACUAAGUCCGUUUUUCUUCUUGUUUCUAAAGUAGCGAAUUAUUAUGCACUUAAAUAAAAGCUUUUCUUCUGUGUAAUCGGUGGACAUGAAAAUUUUAAGCAAUAUUUUAUGCUAUCUGACAACGGAGUACAUGUGCCUUGUGAGUGGCACCUAGAUUAAUUGAAUCUUUAAAUUUUAGUGGUUAAAAAAUUCAUCUAUGUUGCGCUCACAUGCACAUAGCCCGGAAAAAAAUAUUCAGAAAAUAAAGCUUUUCCGUGCAUUUUAGUGUAGGAGGGACCUCCACUGCAUUGUUACGUUGCAAAAGUUAUAUUAUGCUAUCGUCUUCUUAUUAUCUUUUCUUUUUUUCUGUGUUAUAUAUCCACCCUACAAUCGCAAAAGAGUGAACCAAACUUAUUGUUUCUCAAGUAAACGGGUCGCCAAGUUUGGCGAGGAAACGGAGGAAAAGUUCAUUCACCCAGGGUAGCUCGGCUAGUCCAGUGACCCUUCUAUUCGGGACAAGUUUUCUCCAUAUAAACGAGACCUUACCGUACUACAACCAGCUGUCCUAAAGGCAAUUUUUCUUGUUGUUUGACAAGACAUUGAAUGUGUUUUGUGAGUCGCACGUGGACGAGUUUUUAACUUUUGAUGGUUAAAAAACUCGUCGACGUGACGCUCACAUUACGCAAUAUGACCGCGGGAAAAUAUUGACAAGUGGAGCAGUAUUAUUUCAGCGCAUUUUAUUGAAGCAGAGACCACCACUGCAUUAUUACAUUGAAUGUCAUUUCAAGACAGUUAUUACGCUUUGGCAUUCUUAUUAUUUACUCCUCGGUUAAAAUCAUCGUUAUUAUUGCUGGCGAGCAGUAGCGAAGCAGGUUACUAUUCACUCCUGUACCUGUGAAAUUCAAAACGUUUGUCGGACGUAAGAUUAUAGGCAUGCGUCGUUGGACGAUUUACUAUUAUCCGGGACAUUCUCCUGCUGUGUUUGAUACCAUCUAAAUUUGCAAAUGGAAGUCUUUUGGCGUCGUUCAGACUUAGCUGAAUUGUUCCCGUGGGCAGCAGCGAUCAAUUGUGCAGGUUGCUUUUCAGCGAAACUUCCAGGUUUAUAUUUUACCACGGCGGGCAAUGCAUUAUCAUGUAGUUGUAAAUUCCUUUGUAGCUGUACAUAGUUAAAUAUUGUGUCCUUGUUUCAGUCGAAUUCGCCACUUUAGAAACGAGAAGGCAACUGGAGCCGAAAUGUGUCUCGCAAUUGUUUGUUGGAUCGUUGCUGGGCACGCACCGGUCAGCUUUUGGCCAGUUUUUCCCUUGUCCCGUGUCAUUGUCCCGGAAGUCUUUGCGAAAGUUUAACCCGGACUGAGUUAAACCCCCAGUUAAACCUCAUUCCGGGUUGCCUCUUGUUUUUCAAGUGGCGAAUUAUUAUGCACUUUAAAUUAUUAAAGCUUUUCUUAACUAUGGGACAUAGGUGGACAUGAAAAUUGUAAGCGAUAUUUUGUGCUAUCUGACAAUGAAGUACAUGUGCUCUGUGAGUCGCACCUAGAUGAAUUUUUAACUUUUAAUAGUUAAAAAAUUCAUCUAUGUGACGCUCACAUGCACAUAACUUGGAAGAAAUUAUUCAGAAAUUCAAGCUUUAUUAAUUCAGCGCAGUUUAGUAUAGGAGACACCUCCACCGUACUGUUACGUUUCAAAACUUAUGCUAUCGUUUUCUUAUCUUUUCUUUCUUUUAUGUUACAUAAUUAUUUAUCGAUGCUGGUCGUACGUCAACCUCGUAUGUUAGAUCGUAAGCAUGCGCAGUUGGUUGGUUCAUGAUAAUCCGGGACACUUUCUUGCGAUAUUAAGCCCUUUCGCGUCGUCCACAGUUUGUUCGAUUUUUCAUGUUCCUUGCCAGCGAACAGCUUUGCAUGAUGCAUGAUUCUGUUGUGGAGCAACUUUCGCUUUUUCCUGGGCAGACGAAGAAUAUUUUAACUCCAUGGCCCACAUUUUACCACACACGCGCAAAGAAUGCAUUACAACGGUCAAACGUUUUGCCUCUUUGGUCGAAAAACUUAUUUUGUGAUGAAUGAUUUUAAUUAGCGGGUAUAAUUUUUUAGGUUUAACUUAAGUGCGUCUUCACACAGGACCGUUCGAUAGAGCGAUUUUCGUAUGACCUUGAAAAAUGGUUUCGGUAAGUGUUAGUGAUUUUUUUUAUCAGCCGAUGGAUGAAAAGAUCAAAACAUGGACUCUUCGUUUCCUCGCUAAAAAAAAUCCUAAUGUAGAGAAGUUAUUGUUCGAUUGGCCAAUCGUGUUGAAGUAUGUCGUCAAAGCAAAGUAUCGAUUGAUUUCUAGAAAGUUCUCGGGCGUGAAGUUUUUUCAGCCGAGCGUUCGCUUAACCAACCAAAAGCCACGCGCGUUUGUAUCCGUUCGAUAAACCAAUCAAAUCGUUCUAUGGAGCGUUUUCACAUGACGUCACGGCGGCCAUAUUGGUGUUCCAAAACAAUGAAACGAAGGCCGUACUGGUGUUCCAAACCAAUCCUGUGGGAGUUAAACUCUUUUCUUAUGUAAACGCUUUCUUUUGUUCCAAUAAAUUUGCAUAGAUGCUGGCCACGUGAGUGAAAACGAUCUAUUUCCGUUCGUUUCUUGUUUCUGUUUUUUUUUCGCCCGUUUUCAUUUCAAGGUCAAACGAAAAUCGCUCUGUUUUCGCUCCAGGCGUCCACAUUUUCGCACGAUUAACACUUUAAUGCACGAAUUUUCAAGUGGUCGAAAUUUCAUCUGCUGCCGUGUGAACGAAGCAUCCUAGCAUACAUACCGUAAAAUUCCGAAAAUAAGCCCCUCCAAAUAUAAGCUCCCCAAACCGGUAACGCAAAAAACCCUCCGUUAAAUCGCCCCUCCAAAUAUAACCCCCCCCCCCCCCCCCAACCCCCCCCCCCCCCCCGGUUGUUGUACUUGGAAAAUUGCCCUCAAAUACAAAGUAAAACGGUAAAUUUACUUCCAACUAUAAGGCUAGCCCAAUCGAUUUUGAAACGCAGUUUUCUCUCCGUAGAUAAGCCCCUCCGAAUAUAAGCCCCUCCAAAAAUAACUCCCUCAAAAAGGGCCUUUGAAAAAUAUAAGCCCCGGGGCUUAUUUUCGGAAUUUUACGGUACAUUUUUAUUUUUAUAUUUUUUACUUUGCUUAGUUCAGUAUUCCAGCUGAAUUCUUAUGCAGUAUAAGUAAAGCUAUAGAAUUUCAUCUCAUCCACAGACUCAAAAGUUAUAACCGCAUUACAAAACUCAGUUCAUCACUCUUGGAGUCAGAGGAUUAAACUUCUUAAGCCGUUUUAUUCUCAUUAUUAAAAUUCUUCUUAUUAUUCUUUUUAUUAUUUAUUAUUUUUUCUUGUAUUUAGUUCUGAGCUGCAGCAACGUGAAUUGGAGGCCAUUUCCCACGUGAGAGACAGUGUUCAGAUGGUUGAAAAUGCGAUACUGGAAAGAGAUCAGGUAAUGGAACGGAGACUUGCUCUUUCAACGUAAAUUGUUCACCAAGUACUAUGUGGAGAUACUGCUCAACAGGUUCAUCACAUCAGCGCGUCUGUAAAGCGGAUUCCAAGGAAUUCGCGUCGCUUUUUAAUUUUUUCUUUUCAGUUUUUUUUCGAAGAAAUUUACUCAUUUUCUGUCGUUUACGGCGCGCAGUUUGCCAUUUAUAAGUUCUAUAAAUAGAGUAUAAUGGGACAGAGAAGGAAUUUUAGGGCGUUGGCCGGGAUAUGUGAAUUUCACUUGAGUUAUUUUUAGAGACUCUAAGUAAACGGAAGCCUAAUUCCUGAGAAGUCCGCAUAUUUUGAUCAAGGUGUGGUUCCAGGUUGAGUGAAGCGGGCUGGGCGAGCUAUUACCAACUUGUCUUGGACUACCGAGUACUACAUUUUCCUCCCUUAUACACUAGAUUAGGAAUUUUUAGUCGUGUUAUAUACUUCAUUUAGCUUAAGUUAUGUUUUAUUUUUAUAAUAGCUCACUUCGGAAAAAGUGAUAGCCUGGGACCCAAACUAGGCGCGCGCGCACUUAUUUAGGGGGACACAAAUGUAAACAAACAUGGCGGAAAGCGAAGUGGAAUGUUUCAGCGGGGUUAAAACAGCUCGAAAUAGCAAAACGUAAGGUGAAAGUGAAAGAAAAAAAACAUGAAAAUGUGAAGCUGAAGGAAGAAGAUGUGCCUGGAGCAAUUUUACGUCGAGAAAAACCAAUAAAAUGCACCGUGAAACAACUUCAGAGAUGGCCUCUUAGCCGUGGUGCCAAAACAACCGGAAAGAAAACGCAGCUCGUACAAAGGUAAGGACGCGCGGACCGGGAAGUUCCUGAAAUUAUUUGUGCUUAAACAGCACAACAACUUGCACAUCUCGUCAUAAUUCAAGGUGGCUGCUCGACUUGUGUCCCCAAAAAAUCCCAUAAAUGAGCGCGCGCUUAGUUUGGGUCCCAGUUUAUCAUUCUUUUCCGAAGUGAGCUAUUAAUUGUUGUUCUGUACCAAGGUCCGAAAAAUUGGAAUUCCCUCCCCGCACCAAUUACGUGUUCAUCUCGCAUUCCUUCCUUUAAGAAAAAGAUGUUAGAUUUUAAGAAUUGGCCAAGCCGCACACGCCCAGCACUUAUGUUAUUUGUAAAUAUAUUUGCAUUUGAGUUGGCCUCUCUAAUAAUCCUGGUGUGGUUUCUUGAGAUCUCCUAGCCAAAGAAAAUGUAGCUUUAAACCUGGUUCACGGUAUCGAAACAUGGCAAAGUAAUGAGGCGGUGGGUUUUUGUUUUCUCAUAGGCUCUUGUUCGCGAGCAGCAGAAAGUUCAGGAAGUCAACAGAUUACAAGAGGCUAUCAAUAAAAUCUUGAAAGAGGCUGGCAAAAGAACAAGAGAAGAGGUACGAGGAAUGUGCUAUAAAAUGUUCGUGCUUAUUUGCUUAGUUUUUUGGGGGUGUGGACGGUUAAGGCCACAGUUUAAAAGUUCUUAGCCAAAGAAAGCUGAAGUUGAAUUUCUGAUAAACUGCAAAACAGUCCAUGUUUUUGGGUAUUCAAGUACGCGCGAAUAGUCAGAAGGUCUGGAGCGAGGCUAAAAACGGAGAGCGAGACUGGGGAGAGACGCCAAUUUUUUUCUCUCGCCUCACACGCCUGUUCGCGCGCACAAGACUCUUACGCUACGCUAAACCGAUUUUUAGGAAAAAACCGGCUGUUUUGCAGGGUACAGUUUAAACGUUCUUUACCAAAGAUGGCUAAAGAUUAAUUUCAGAUAGCUUUCUAGACCGUGGCCGCUUGUCCCUAAGAUGGGCCUAUAUUCUUCUCACAUUAAUGGAAAAAAUAUAUAUAUACAAAAUAAAAGUGGACAUAGACUAGGAAAUAAGUUUUCAAGUAGUUUGGAGGGAACGAAAAGAAAGAUAGAAUCCCAAAAUCAGAAUUCUGUUGCCAAAGCGCUCAACUUUGUGAUCUGUUUAGUUUUAGCCUUGUUUUAGAGGUCUUAUUUUUCGCUAGAUUUGACUUUUUCGCGUUUGGAAUCCUUGUUAGGUGGACGCGGUUCGUAAUCAGUGCAAUAAAAAUAUCCAGAAACUCAUGGAAGAGAUGCAUUUCCUGGAAAUGGUAAGGCAUUUAUGCGAUACAUAAUUUCUGCGAUAUCUCGAUAAACAAGGAGCGAUACGAUACAUAUCUCGAUACAGAUGCAGCGAUGCGAUAAAUAUAUCGAUUUAUUGUUUAUAUAAAAUAUUUCCCCCUUUCCGAUUGGCUUAAAUCUCACGGCUAAUUCUUCAUAACCAGCUAGGGUUGACUGAAUUUGGAAGUAGCUUGCGAUAUCCGGAAAAUGACGUCGAUAGCAUAGGGCAAUUGCCACAAAAAGGGACGGUAACUGAGAGGACUUGGGGACGAGGCUGCGCUGUUUUGGUAGAAAAGUCCAUUUCACUCGUUUUACUGCCUAGAAUAGGGAGCUUAAGCAACCACGACGACAACGCUACAUGUAGUCUCAAGUUAACUCAAUUCAGAAGUUCAGGGGCACCCAACGACUUUUUCUUUAAAAAAAUAAUAACUUUUUGAAGGAGCAAAUGCUGCCUAAAAAUUUCUAAAGCUCGAGAAAGGCUGAAAAAUUCUGGACAACCGUUCCAUUCAUCUAAUAUUUUCGAAGUUUUUCUUCUAUUAACCUUCGACUUUCGGAGGUUGUAGUUUUCACAAAGGACCUUGUGAAAAUUUCGUCCAUAAAGACAAAUCGCCUUCCAGAUCUUCUAAUGAAAAUACGGCCACUCCAUGCCAUCGAACGUCCGACUGGAUCCAUUAGGGUAGCUAACAGUUUCGGAUGCGACGAAAAUGCCAUAUAAAACGUUUGAGACGACCAUGUUCCCUGAAAAAGUGACAUGCCAUGACAUCCGAGAAGAUAAACACUUUUACGGGGACCAAACGAGCCUCAAAUGGUUCUCUAAAGCGUAGAGAAAACCAUAUGAGACACUUGCGAACUAUUGGAAACAUUUGGUGGCCUCUGGGAAGGUACUUUGGCCAAAGAAUUACGCAUUCAAAACAGUUUGAAGGAACACUUUGUUCAUACUGGACCUUUCAUUAUUUUUGCUCUGUUCACACCGAACUUUGAAUGGGAAGGCAUCUUAAUUUUCGUACGUUUAAGGUGGUUCCGUGUGAACGCAACACCUUAAACGAACGCAAUUUCAACCGGUCGAAAAUUCGUCCGGUGCUGUGUCAACGUCAAACUGGCUGUUAAACGGCUAAUGGACUUCAGCGUUAGGUGAUCAUUAACGGCUUUACACUAACGAUAAAGGUGCAUUGUUGUAGCUUUCUUGUGGCCACAAAGCGAAUUAAUAAGUUUAGUCAAGCAUGACGUGCCCAUACAUGUAUAAAUUGAAAACACGGGUUUUCAGGUUGGUAAGUAGUUUUUCCUUAAUUUAAUUUUCUCUCGAUUUUGCCCUUUAUGCUCUUCCAGAAUUGUUCGUGUGGAUAAUAACAUUUAAAAAAAAUAACAUUCAUGUUAAUUGGACGAUAAUCGAAUUAAUGUAUUCGAGUGAUGACAUCGAAAGUCGCCGUUGACACAAAAAUAAAGAUACCGUCAGGCUUGUUGACAUUUCGGAUCGAAAGACGCUAAGAUUAUUGAAAUUAAGAAGACGCUUAUACGACCCAACAACUUCAAACUCGCCGGCCGAUCUUUCUCAAUAUGGCGGAAUCCCUUGCCCGGCCGAGAGAUAAGAGCUGGAUUUUUGAAUAUUACCCGGUAAAUAACCUUUUGUUGUUGUUCAUGUCGUUUUAAAUGUAGUAAAUGCCGUAUGAACUUUCGUUUCUUUUCAUUUUCCAUGUCACAUUACUAGUAACGGAUUACAUCUUUCAACUACCGUCAAGAGAAAAUUCCAUGGGUUUUUAGUUUUUCAUUAUUUAGUUUUCUUGGCUUUCACUUGAAUUCGGGAUACAUUGUAUUUUUUGCAUGGGCUAUAUGCUUCUGAUUUGAUGCUAGAGAAUAACUUUAAAACGGGCACCAGUUCAUUAAGCUUGAGGUUUAUAAUUUUAGAGCCAGUCUGCGUCGUAAUUUGCAUACAUUCUACUUAUCGUCUUAAUUUUACGUUUACUAGUAAAUACUACCACGGUUCGCUCGCCAUGGUACAUUGGCGAUGUUUUUACGAGAUAGUUUUCUGCAGGCUACAAAAUACGGGAGGAGUGAAAUUCUCUUGAUUCACUUUAUUAGGGAAAUUCUAAGCUUCAAUUUAUUUUGAGUUUAGACACCACAGCUGAUACCAUCGUGCUGUGCAAAUGUAUAAGUAAACAAUGGCUAGAUUUUUUAUCUCAACGGAAGUAUUGUUUUAUCAUAUCCCUUGAAAUUCCUCUGUUAAAAAAAUAGAAACCAUAGUGUAAGUUCGUGUAACGCGAGAAACUUCUAGAGGAUCAGCUCAUGGCAGUCAUGAGCAGCUCUCUAACGUCACGCUUUUGUAUGAAGGUCUUUUUCGAACUUCUGUCGAUCUUACCAUGUGUGUUUGCCUUUGAGCACCUUUGAUUUGAAAAGCAAUGGCCACUGAUCAAAUGCAACUGUAGCCUCUAAUGUUGGUUUGGUUGGAGUAUAGGAAUAGGCUUCCUACAAUAGUUUGUCAUGCGAUCAACUUUAGGUAAACAGGAAACAAGUCUUUUUCGGAAAUUGUUUUUAGCAUUUAUAUAUAUCUCAAAAGUAGCGAUUGCAGUGGGGCUCAAAUUUUCUCUUGUUCAUCACAUAAGCAAAGUAUCCGACAAUUUGAAAUAGCAAUUUUAAAAAAAAGUUCAAGCAAGAUUCUUCUUUAACGGAGCCAGGUGACGUUGAUUUCUACCCUCUUUUUGUCUGAUCGUUAUAAGAUUUUGGGUAUUGCCCGCCCUCCCUUGAUAACCUUCGCAGCAGGCACUUGGAAGUUAUAUGUCUCCCUUCUUUCUUUCGUCCAUUUCUUUCAAGCGCCUCCUUCGUCGCUUACUCCUCCGACGGAAACUUGUGUAGAGGUCUUCCGCCGAGCCCUUUAAACCGUGACCCAAAAAUCGUUCAUUUCACUGUCCUGUUACUGGCAAGAGACCUUAAUUCAUGACCCAGAUUUCGUCUAUUAUAAGUAAUAAUGUUCUUUUUUUGUUCGUGGAAUUAGUUUUUUUAAAAAGGCUUUUAGGAUACCCUCUUCAAGAUACUGAAUAGUUAAACUGUAUACCCUGACUCAAGACCUUGGAUACCGUACCCUGUUCAGUAGUCUCCCUCACUCCCUCGCCGCCGUUUUCGUCUCGUCACGCGAUACUCCUUCCUAUGUAUGAUGUUGGCGUUGAGUGACAAACCGGCUGCAAGGGAGAUUACCUGUUCAGCUUCACAUAGCCGAUUAGGCCAAAUAAGGGAGUCCUUCCCCUCCGUUGGGGUAACUUCCCACUUCAACGUUGGGACAGGGGAGGGGUAGACCGUUGACCGUUGACCGUUGACGUUGCCUAUUUAUAAUCCAUGUUAAUUUUGUUCGUCGUAAACCUCCCACGAACCUUCAUAGUUCAGUAUUCCCUCCUUGUUUUUUUUUAUACUUAUAACCAAACUAAUAUUUUAAGGUCCCCCUCAGAUUUAAGAUAAAUGUGUUUGCUGUGAAGUAAUGACAUACAAUAUCUUGAGAGAGCUGUGUCGUGUAACGAUGAUUUUUUUUUUGAUAGGAAGGAGCCGAAAAACAGGCUCAGUUGGAAAGAUCACUGAGAGAGAAGUCUGCUGUGGAAAAAGAACUUGAAAAGGUGAGAGACAGCCAUUUUUGAAGGCUGUGGGAAAGACUUUAAUGUAACCCUUUCACCGCUAAUAGUAGCCCAAAGAAAAACGUCUUAACAGAGUCAAAUCCCUUUGUUAAAUCCUAAAACAUAAAUAGUAAUCUUCAAAAGUACGGCCAAAGAGGUUUAAUUUAAAUGUUAACACCAGAGGGUUUCUCCCGCAGAUCGGUACAGGCACUAGGCGACAAGUUGCGGCGACAAAUCGCUCCGAGUGUACUGGAGAAUUUUUGUGAAAAUCUUUGUGGCUGCAAAAGAAUUUUGUUGCCGCAACAAGUCGUACAAAUUCAAUAUGAUUUGAUUUUUUGCGACUUGUUGCAACGUCAAAAUUCUGUUGCAGCGACAAAGAUUUUCACACAAAUUCUCCAGUACACCCGAAGAGAUUUGUCCCUGCAACGUGUUGCCGCAACUAGUCGCCGAACCUGUACACACGGAGUGGUCUGUCGCCGCGACUUGUUGCUGCAACUUGUCACCUAGUGUGUACUGAUCAACUAGUGACAGAUAACCUGUUGAAAAUGAGUUCUAGGGCUGAAAGGGUUAAGGAUGAGCAUGGGAAUCAGUCAAGAACAUUCCAACAGCGGGUGGAUACGAUCACAUGGCUCGUACAAUCUUGAAAAGUCCUUGAAUUCAAGUAAGGUCCUUGAAAAGUACCGGAUUUAAUUUAUUAGGUCAUGAAAAGUCCUUAAGUUCACCACGUUUUCUACCCCAGAAACAGUUUUCUGUAAGAUAGUAUUUACUUGAAGAUUCCUGGAAAUAGUUUUGUGGAUGUGUCUUUCUCGGAAAGUGGCGUUCGUCAAGCGAAUCGACCCUACCUACCGUUCCUACCAAAGGUUUCGUACUGAGUCUUGAAUUCUUAAAAAAGUCUAGAAAUUUGCCCAGCUAUUUUCCAGACCUGGGAAAAAGUCUGGAAGAGAUGAAGUCUGGAAAAAAUGAUAAAAAGUCUGGAGUUUUUGUCUUUUUUUUUUUCAAAUCUACAACAAGUGCGUUAUAAGUUUAUUUUUUUUUUUCGUUUUUUUUUUUUAAGUCUUAUUCAACCUCUUCCGUAUGUUUCCAGCGCACCACGAAAAAAGCUUGGUUCCUACGUUUUAAGGUCUCUGUUGAUCACCUGUUUGAUAACCUUGAGACUGGAGAAAGAAAUUAUUGUUUUGGAAAAAGUUCUGGAAAAAGUCUUGAAUUUUGAAUCCAAAAAUCUGUGUGAACCCUGUUACUAGCUCUUUGCGUGACAUCUUUUUUUCGUUGGUUUUUUUUCUCAACCCAUUAGUCCCUCAUGCUUGCAAAGAUGGUCGGUAUAGAGAAUAAGACGCUUUGUAAGAUUGUAUCGUUUUUAUUGCUGGUAUAAUAUGCAUCGCGUUUUCCUUUCAGUUAUACCAAGAGGGCCCUGCCGAAAUCGCACGAGCUGGAAUGACAUUUGAUGAAUUACAGAAACGGGCCGGUCAAGCCGAAAGAACCCGGGACGAGGCUUUGCGAAAGGUGGAUGGCCUGAAUUCCACGCUCAAAAAACUGGAAACAAGGUGAAUAUCUCCCGAAGGGGAGGUGAAUAGUGGUGGAUGGUUGUAAAUUAAAAAGUUUAACGUCACCUAGUAGUAACUUUGUUUACCAUUUAAAAACAUUUAGGGGAUUUUGCGAAGUGCAUUUUUACGUUUUUGUUGCAAAUUGAGCAUGACAUUCAUUUUCAACCCACCAAUAAACACCCACAAGCCAAAGUUCGUCUCUUUCUUGGUAUUUGUUGGUACGACUGCUUCAUAAUACAUUAAAAACUGGCGAUUCAAAACCCGCAUUUUCCCAAAGAGAUUCUAACAUGUGUGGGUAUGUAAGUGGUAUAUAAAUUAGCAUAGAUCUAGGCUAUUCAGGUUCUUAAAGAGGUUCUUACUUUCUCAAAAAAAAAAAACAUCGUAGCUAAAAGUUUUUAGUGGUAUUCAGGUUAUUCCUUGUAUAAAUUUCAGUUUACACACCAGAUUGGUAUUUAUUGAUUGGUUCCAUUGUAGUGUUCAAAUGCACUGAGUGAAUGAGUGAUAAAGAAAAGAAAAAGAAAAAACGGGCGCGCGAGAAGGAGACACGCGUGUCUCCCUCGCGCGCGCCAGUUCUCUCUUUCGCCCACUACUUUCAAGCGCCUACUACGCAGGCUAGCAGCUCCCAUGCAUUUAUACCAGUCGUUCUCUCGCUUUUUUUGACUAGGCAUGAACAGGAGAAAUCACAGGGUGCCUCCGAAAGUACCGAACUAAGAAGAAGAAUUAAACAACUGGAGGAAGAAAACGAAGAAAUGUCAGAUAACAGACUUCAAUUAACAGGUAUAAUACUUACUAAAUGAAGUCGGUUAACGUACUGUUUAACAGCUAAACUCUUUUAGAUAUCAGGGUUAGCAAUAACGGCUUAGGGCCUGUUUACAUGGUGGUGAGGGACCCCAGGUAGGUGAGGUAACCCGCUUAGGUGGGUUAACCCGCCUGUCCAUAUGAUCUCUCAUUUUAAUUUGAUCAUGUUUACAUGAUAGGUGGGGUGACCCGCAGAAUGUUACCUUACCUAUCUGGGGUCCCCCACCUCCAUCUAAACAGGCCCUUAGACCGCGGUUUUCAAGGUUGGUCAAUUCUGUGCUAACGUAUUAAUUAGCGCCUUUACCCAUACACAAAAUGCUCCGGAUCAUUUUACGUUUCUGUGAAACUGCCCACCUACCCCACCCCUAAACCAACGUUAACACUUAGUUCUUACUUAGGGCAAAAUGUUGGCUUUGGGGAGGGGUAGGCGGGCAGUUUCACAGAAACGUAAAAUGAUCCAAUGCUCCUGUAGAGUUACGAAGAAGAUAUCAAACCAAAUAGGCCAUUUCCGAGUUCCCCCGGGCCUCUGUUUCAAAACGAGGGUAGGUGCUCAGUCUUUGAUAUGGAAAUCAUUUUUCAUUCUCAUGCAAAUAAAACUCAUUUUCAUAAGAAGGGUUCUGCACCUAGCCUAAUUUUGAAAGUGAGGGUUUUUGGAACUCGAAAGUGGCCUAUUCACCAAGGAACACUAACCAUAAUAAUGAAUUGGUGAUUUUUGCAGGUAUAUCAUUAAAACUUGAAAAAUUGGCCCUAUAGUUUCGAGUUUUAUUUCGUCUUGCAACAGACGUCAUGACGCAGUUUCAGUGCCUGAAUGUAGUCUUAAAUAGCAAAACAUUAUUUUUGGAAUUUCAUUCAUGCAAAAACACGUUUUAGCUUGUUAUCGUGAUAAUGUGACAUAGUCCCUUUUAGGGCUUGAUUAACGUUUUCAGGAUUUCUAAUAUUAUAACCUGGAACUAGGCUCCGUAGUGGGUUGAAAAGGCAAAAAACGGAGUGAAACAGCAAAAAUGGUGGACUGGGGAGGGGAAAGAGCGAUGCCACCCUCCUCCCUUUCAAGACUUACGCUCGACUCGCUUCCCUUGCCGAUUUCUUUUUCGCCCUCGCCGAUUUUUGUCUCGCCAUUUUCCCCCCACUGCGGAGCCUAAACCUUGUGAAUUGUUUCUUAACUUUCAGAUGAAAUAGACAAACAAAAACGUGAAAUUCUCUCCGCUAAACAAGCUAAAGAAACUGCUGAGCAUCAAUGUGUCACAGAGGUAUUUUUUGCAAUCAUUUUGUGUUUUGUUUGCUCUUUCGAAUCCGUCUGUCUGUUGAGCUAGCUGGCUUUCUUCAUUUCUUUUGUUUCCACCCCACCAAAAGGCCGGGUUGGCUGGGUGGACUUGUUAUUCGGAGGCCCCGAGUUCAAGUUCCGCCCUAACCGUAAAGUCUUUAUUGGUUUGUGCGCAACGGGUGUGUCGUAAGGUUGGAGAAUGUGUUCACUUAUAUGUAUUACCAUCAUUUAGGUUGCAUCGCUAAAGCAACAGCACGAGUUACGUGAAAGUGAAUUUGAUUCACGACUCCGAAACAUAGAGGAGAUGAACAGGCGGGCGGUGAAUGAACUCAGAGAAAUGCUGACGGCGCAGCAGAAACUCGGAGCACAGUGAGUAAAAAUCACAUCCUGUUUUCAUUUGUUGGCUAUCAAAAUUCCCUAAAAAAUUAACGUUAAAAGUAAUGACGGGAUUGCUUUGUGUUUGCAGAAGUGCCGCUCUAUACUUUCUCGACCAAUCAAGGGGAAAAACAAAUUUUAUUGGUGCAUGCAAAAGUUCUUUACUUUGACUGAUUGGUUCAUUUGAAUGUUUUCAAUUGUGUGGCAAGUGAUUUCGUAAUUGCUUUGUUUUUCCAUUGCUAUAGUUUGUGAUUGGCUGAAAAAUCUCGUGUCACAUUCUCAACCAAUCGGAAGGUAAAGCCAUAACCAAUCGUGACUUGCUCGACUGUGUUUUCCCGCGCUUGUUCGCUUGGUACCUGUUACAUCUAGGCUACUUAACAUUUACAUGGGGAAACCGCAAAUCCGGUUGGAAAACCAAAAAAGUCGCUUAAAUCCAUUAUUUUAGGAAGCUUCAAAAAAUUUGGCCAUGAUUUUAGGUGAUCCAAAUCUUUCUACCGUUUUAGUGUCUUCAACUGAUUUGGAUCUACUUCUUGUCCUUCUGCCACAACGUUAAGUUUAAUUUUUAAAUGUCUUUGCACUAGAUUUCCAACCGGUUUCAAACCGGAUUCGCGUUAGUGGUGAAAACUCGGUUCCUGAAAGGCCCGAUAACGCUAACCAGGAUUAAGAUUUUAAUCCUCAAUUGUAUUUACCUCUCUUUAGAUUAUAGAGAUUAAGAAUCACGUUUACAGAAAACGGCAAAGUCAAAUUCAAGUUGACGAUUGUAUUUAAAAAUACUUGACAGAUUACUUUUCAUCUCAAUACUCUGAUUGUAUGUGAUCGGUCUUGAAUUUCGUCGCUAAUAGUUCUCUAACUGGGGGCUAUUGGUAGAGCUAAGAUACUUUAUAAGCGGUAAUCUGGUCUUGUUGAUUAUAUUUAUUUGAUAAUUUCAAAAGGUUGACUGAUUUUCUGAUGAAAUAUUUAAGUUAUUUAAACUCGCGAUGUUUUUAAAAUAAAAAGGGAAAAAAAACCAACGACGAGGAUGGGAUUCGAACCCACGCGUGCAGAGCACAUUGGAUUAGCAGUCCAACGCCUUAACCACUCGGCCACCUCGUCUCUUACAUUCCACCUGCUAUCUACAGCUUAUAAAUUACUGGUUUAGUGACAACUGACAGUGCUUAGUAAAUCCUUAAAAAUUCAGUUUUUGCUUUUUUUAACUGCUGAAUUUAAGCUUUUCAUCCAGGUAUUUUGUGCGUCUUUUGCCUAUAUGCUGUUUAUAACAAAUCUCAUGUUUCUCGCAAGUUGUACCUAAAUUCUCGUCACCUGUCGACUUCCGCGUCCCAUUUUUGGACUUUACGUGUCUUUGAUAAAUAUCGUUGUGUGAUGAAUAAAAAUAAUACACUGUUAAUAAAAAUUGAAACAAGUUUACAAUCUAACUUGUACUACAGGUGGAAAGAGGAAUCCAAAGCGGUAACUCAUAAGUUUGAGCAAACGGUGAACGAACUAAGGUAAGUCAAUGUUUUGGGUCCGUGUACUAUUUUAAAAUGUUAGGCUUUUUAUAAGACUUAGUUUUCGUAAUUGCCCUUUUUCUCCCACCUACUAUGAGAUGCUUGCUAAGUCGAUGAAAAUUUCCAAGGCAACCGAUCUGGUCGCACGGUUUUUUUAUUAUUAUUAUUAAAUCGCUUUCUGUCAGAACGUUGCGGAAACCUAUUUUCUUAACAUUUGCAGAUGCAAAGAUUAUAAAUCAUUUUUGAAAAAGGAAAGGUUUAGUUCAACCCUUUACUCCAAUCAUUCACAGAUUCAAAUUCAUUUUCAGGGUAUUUUAAGGCUUAGAUUCAACGUAAAAUAUUGGCCACGUGUAGAAAUUAGGGUGAAAUCAAAUACUACACACUUUUGUGCCUUCAUAUUUGAAAAAAUACCAUCUCCCUUAGGUUCUUACACCUUUUGCUGUUCAUUACGAGAAAAUGCGCAAUCAUUUGCGUGAAACUGCGAUCAAUAGUGCGAAGAUACAUUCAUUAGCGCGAAAAUACGAACAUUUGCGCAUAAAUCAGAUUCAAUAGCGAUUUUUGCAUUUUAAUCAACACUCAAUAACACUUUUGGGCAUUCAUAUGCGUCAUUCGGCAUACAAAAGCGAAAAAUAUACUUUCAUUUGCGCUAGUAUGCAAGUCAUUAACACCAUCUUGAAAGUCAAUAGGGACAAUAAACAAACAUUAAAGUGAAAAAACCAUUUAUUAACAUUUCUGUCACACUGUUUGCAAUUCAAUAGAAUUCCUGGGCAGCCUUAGUGUGGAUAAGACAAACAUUAAUGCACUUGUACAAACAAUUACCCGUUCUUUAAAUUCAAUAAACAAAAAACGAUUUUCAAUGAAACAAUACCUAUUUUGCUUGAAAUUUUCAUUGCUAGUGCGAUGCACAUGAUAUGUACAUGUAUGUACAACCCUUUAGACAGGUUACGUAACCUUUGUCAAGUGCAAAUAGGAUAAAAGGAUCAGAAAAUUUCGUCCUGUUCAUUUCACUUCGUGAGCGUUUUUUGACUACUGGUACAAGUACACGUAAAAUGCCACGAAGAAAUCGAAUUCCUCUCGAACACAGAGAGAGAAUCGUUAGAGCGUUUGAGGACGAGCAGGAAGACUAUCUUUUAGUCGCAGACACGUUGGGCGUGAAUCGAUCAACGGCAAGGGGUAUCGUUUCGCGUUACAUCACAGAGGGCAGGAUCCAGGAGAGACCUAGAGGUGGGAGAAACAACGUGCGCGUUGAUGAUGAGAUGAGAGACUCUCUAGAGCAAAUUAUCAACGAAAACUGUCUGCUCACACUUGCUCAAAUAAACAGUGAGUUGAGGAGACGGUUACCAGCCAAACCGGAGAUACACGACCGCACCGUAUCAAGAACGUUAGACGGGAUGCUGUUCCGAGUGAAACUGGUAAGACCACUCCCUGCUGACAGAAACAGACCUGACGUGCUGAACAAGCGGGUCGAUUACGCUAACUGGUUUAUGAACCACGCCAUAGUCCGCCACUGUGUGUUUGUCGACGAAUGCGGCUACAAUAUUUGGACGGCCAGAAGUCAUGGCAGGGCGCGGCAAGGAGAGAGGGCGUACCGCCAAGUGUGCGGGCAGCGUGGACGAAACCUGACCGUGACAAUGGCAAUAUCGCCCAUAAACGGACUUGUGUUUUCGUCAGCCGCUGUGGGAGGAAUGAACGCUGAACGUUUUAACAACUUCCUGGCACAGGCGAGGACGAACUUAGAUCCUGACGAGUCGGUGAUCUUUGUUUAUGACGGAGCGCCGGCCCACAGAAACCCUACCAUUCCCGCCCCAAAUACAGAGCUUAAAAUGCUUCCACCCUACAGCCCUUUCCUCAACAUCGUGGAACAGGCAAUAAGCAGUCUUAAAGCGGCCAUCAAGGCCGACAUUUCCCGCCCUGAAAUUCAAAGACUUAUGGACAACAGAGAUGAAGCAAGAGCCCGAAGAAUGCCACUAGGAGAUUUUCGAACACAACAACUUCUUGAAGCUCUACACAGAAACAUCGACACCGUGACCGCAGCUAAAUGUGCUCAAUGGUUUCGUUUAAUGCAGACCUACCUGCCAAGAUGUUUAAACAGAGAGGUUAUAGAGGGAUAGACUAAAAUUCAGGACAAAAUAGUUUGAAAUAGGUACUAUUCAAUUGAAAAUCGAUUUUUGUUUAUUGAAUUUAAAGAACGCGUAAUUGUUUGUACAAGUGCAUUAAUGUUUGUCUCAUCCACGCUAAGGCCGUCCAGGAAUUCUAUUGAAUUGCAAACAGUGUGACAGAAAUGUUAAUAAAUGAUACAUGCACUUUAAUGUUUGUCUAUUGUCCUUAUUGACUUUCAAGAUGGUGUUAAUGAUUUGCAUACUAGCGCAAAUGAAAGUAUAGUUUUCUCUUUUGUAUGCCGAAUGACGCAUGUGAAUGCCCAAAAGUGUUAUUGAAUGUUGAUUAAAAUGCAAAAAUCGCAAUUGAAUCUGAUUUAUGCGCAAAUGUUCGUAUUUUCGCGCUAAUGAAUUUCUAUUUGCGCAAUUGAUCGCCGUUUUACGCAAAUGAUUGCGUAUUUUCUCGUAAUGAACAGCAAAAGGUGUAAAGCGAUCUUCCUUAAGGCCCGGUUCAGACGCCGAACUUUUCAUGAGCCGAACCUAAUUCAAAUUAAGGCCUACCCGAAUUAUUUAGACUGGCUGAAUUGAUUCAGACACCGAUCAUGAUAUCAGCCGAACUAAAUUUUAAAAAAAAACGCUCUCUUCGUUAAACAUCUUGCAAAAUAUGUUAUAAUUAUAUAUGCGCCAGGUUCUACAUAUGAAAAGUUCGGUGUCUGAAUCAAAGCCGUCCCAGAGUCGCUCAAAAGUUGAAAUUCCCGGCUGGGAUAGGGGUAAAGAACGGUUGAGCCGUUUCGAAUUGAAAUAGGCGUUGCUAAUUUAUUAAGACGCCGAACUUUUCGUGUAUACACUACUUAAUUCAAUCUGUUCGGUUCGGCUCGUGAAAAGUUCGGCGUGUGAACUGGGCCUGAGUUUCUCCUGGUUAAAUAAGCGCUGUAAUCAUAGGGAUUUAAAGAGUUGUAGAGAAAGAUCACCUUAAAUGUAAACUUGUGAUGUUAAAUCAGCCUUAUGGCUGGGCCAAUACAAUACGCGCUAUGGGAGAGAGUGGAGGAGGCUUGGAACCAAGCGCGAUAGCGCGAGUCCUUCCAGGCGAAUUCUCCUGACUAAGAUCUAGUUUUGUGGACUUCAUCGGUCUGUAGUUAUCAGCAACUUCGCUGUUUUUACCUUACCAGACAAGAAAUUGGCAAGCAAAAACGAAGAAAUGAUGACCUUAACAGUCAGCUGAAUGAGGAACGAAUGAGGCGACAAGAGGUACAAGUCGUGAAGUAUUUUAAAAUACUUUUGUUUCAUGAAAUCAAGCCUUGUGAGAUUCUUAAUUGUGAACUAAACGACGGGAAAGUUACAUGAUGUCCAUUGGGUUUCCUUUGUUUUUUUUCGGUAGCUGUUUAAUUUCAAUUGCUAUUUUUAAAAAUAUAAAAACCCGCAGUUCUAAAGCCGCUAAAAGGUGUAUUUGACUAAGCACUAGAGAUGUCUUCACUCUGUGCUUGCAUCGUUCAAUUACGGGUGUCAAUCAUCAUAGCAUACGCCCAAAGAAAAUACGGUUUCGCAGGCGUUUCACCAAACUCAAUUAGGUUCCCUGUACAUGUGCUUAUGCCUUGCCUGUAAACAUGGGGUGCCUUAUCUCACUUGCUGCAUCGCUCCUCUCAGAGUCUAGUACACCCUUUCUGUCUCCAAACAGUACAGGCUGUUCGCAUAAAGAGCCUUUCAAGCACUCCUGUAUUGAAGAGCCAGUCAUUUUCGCUGUCGAAAUACAAGGACGGAGUUGCUGCUCGAUUGCUAUAGCGAAUAAUGAAAUUCUUUCUGAUUUCUGGCUUGAUCUCAAUAGCUGGAGUCCAGGCUCUCUGCGUCUAAGGUGUCCCAAGAAAAACUUCAAAGUAUGAUCGUUGACGCUGAAACCAGGGCAGAUGCUGCCAGCUCUCAGGUAAGUAAAUUAACUCCCAACUUUUUAUCAUAGACAGCUAGACGCGGUGAAUGCGAAAAUCCAAUAUCUGCCAGACGAGGGAGAACGCGUGGAAAAGCCAUUAAGCUUUUAAGUAAUUGUCCAUUUAACAUCUAGCCAGGCAGAGUGAAAAAUCGAUUAAAAAGUUUAAACUUUUAAUCAUUAUUUUUCAAUUAAAUCGUGGGUUCUGAUUGGACCUAAAUCCAAAAUCGCCGAAAAAAAAAGUAAACAAACGAACAAAGAAAAUCCAGCAUAUCUAUGCGCCAAUCAAAAGUUAGAGAGAAAAAAGUGCCGCACGAGCGACCCAGUUGAGACGCCAUCUUGGAUCCCUAAUUUCGAGCUGUUGAGGAGUUUUUCUUCUGCUUCUAUAAUCUUGUUAAUUUCUUUGUAAUAUCCACAAGUUUCAUUUUAUUGAAUACAAAUAUAUAUUGUUUAUCGCAAAUUGAGACUAUUUAUGAAUUAUCGUCGGAGGGAUCGCCCAAAUACCCUUCAGCAAGGUUUGCUACUGUCCUCAACACGACGCGUGGGGAUUUGGACAAGUGGGCCCAAAGCAGUUGUUUUCGCUAUCGUAUCAGGAAACGUUUCACGCGAUUUUCAAACUGAAACAUUGUCAUUUUUAAUUGCCAGGUAACAACUCUCCUAAAUCGGGAGAGGCAACUUUUGCAGGAAAGAAAACUCGUUAACCGAGAGUUCGAACGACUUAAAUUAGAAAAAAGUCGACCUGGAUCUAACAGAAUUCGGGAGCCUCCUCAGCGACUCUCUGAUUUGCUGAGCACGCCAGGCAUAGGCGUAGUUAUGCAUGAGCCCGCAGUUCGAUUGGACCUCAUGUCUCCAAGAGAUGAUGGCGGUUAUUCACGAGAACUUGACGGAAUUGGUUCACGAAAUAUUUUCAAUGGAUUAGCAAGAGACCGAGUCAUACUUUGACGUAAUGGAACGUUUUAGCUUAACCUUCGACCUUUCUAGCCCCUUAUCCAAACUUUGGACGGUGUAUUGUGGUGCCAACCUUCAAACGUGUGUGUGAAAAGGCAAUUCAUUUAUUCAUGUCAUUUUGCAUCAAGUACCAAAUGCUUAGUCAAGAUUUCGAUUGUGUUAUUGCUGUUUAACCCUCACUGGGAUUUAUUUACUUGAAAAAGAGAGGGAAAAUGAACUAAAUUCUGGUAGCUGUAGCAAAAUGACCGCGCUCGUAAAAACUCCCUCUUGCAUAGAUUGGCUAUACUAAGGAAAGGCACGGAGCAGUACCUCUAUGUGAGCUGUUUAACAUUCCUUCCUUUCUUGUGGUUCUGCCGGAAGUCAGUCGAAUGAACAUGUGGACAAUAGGGACAUUUUUGCCCCUCAUGAAAGUAGUCAUGUUUGUGUUCUUGGAGACGAGCCACCUCAAUUAUGUGUGGAUGGGUCGUACUGACAGCCAUACAAACAACCCCUAUCUGCUGAUUUAGUUGGACACCAGGUUUUGGGCUGAAAAUUUGGCGAGAAGUGAAUCCUUUGUGUGCACCAAGCCUACGUUACUGACAGCACAGCACAGGAA